AUGGGUUCUUGGAAAGCUCUCUUCUCCCCUUUUCUUCGGUGGAGUCAAAGGAGAGGGGUGAGGUUGAUGUUCCUGUUACUGACUCUGCAUCUGGGAAACUGUGUUGAUAAAGCAGAUGAUGAAGAUGAUGAGGAUUUAACAGUGAACAAAACUUGGGUCCUAGCACCAAAGAUUCAUGAAGGAGAUAUAACACAAAUUCUUAACUCCCUGCUUCGAGGAUAUGACAAUAAACUUCGCCCAGAUAUAGGAGUGAGGCCCACAGUAAUUGAAACUGAUGUUUAUGUAAACAGCAUUGGACCAGUUGAUCCCAUAAAUAUGGAAUACACAAUAGAUAUAAUUUUUGCCCAAACCUGGUUUGAUAGUCGUCUAAAAUUCAAUAGUACCAUGAAAGUGCUUAUGCUUAACAGUAAUAUGGUUGGAAAAAUUUGGAUUCCAGACACUUUCUUCAGAAACUCAAGAAAAUCUGAUGCUCAUUGGAUAACAACUCCUAAUCGUCUUCUUCGAAUUUGGAAUGACGGACGAGUUCUAUAUACUCUAAGAUUGACAAUUAAUGCAGAAUGUUACCUUCAGCUUCAUAACUUCCCCAUGGAUGAACAUUCAUGUCCAUUGGAAUUUUCAAGUUAUGGAUACCCUAAAAAUGAAAUUGAGUAUAAGUGGAAAAAGCCGUCUGUAGAAGUGGCUGAUCCUAAAUACUGGAGAUUAUAUCAGUUUGCAUUUGUAGGGUUACGGAACACAACAGAAAUCUCUCACACAAUCUCUGGGGACUACAUUAUCAUGACAAUUUUUUUUGACCUGAGCAGACGAAUGGGAUAUUUCACUAUUCAGACCUACAUUCCAUGUAUUCUGACAGUUGUUCUGUCUUGGGUGUCUUUUUGGAUCAAUAAAGAUGCAGUGCCUGCAAGAACAUCACUGGGUAUCACUACAGUUCUGACUAUGACAACUCUGAGUACGAUUGCCAGGAAGUCCUUACCUAAGGUUUCUUAUGUGACUGCGAUGGAUCUCUUUGUUUCUGUUUGUUUCAUUUUUGUUUUUGCAGCUUUGAUGGAGUAUGGCACCUUGCAUUAUUUUACCAGCAACAAGAAAGUUAAGACUACUAGAGAAAGGAAGCUAAAAAAUAAGGCCUCGGUGUCCUCUGGACUCCAUCCUGGAUCUACUCUGAUUCCAAUGAAUAGCCUUUCUCUGCCACAAGGAGAAGAUGAUUAUGGGUACCAGUGUUUGGAGGGCAAAGAUUGUGCCAGCUUCUUCUGUUGCUUUGAAGACUGCAGAACAGGAUCCUGGAGGGAAGGGAGGAUACACAUACGCAUUGCCAAAAUUGAUUCAUAUUCUCGAAUAUUCUUCCCAACAGCUUUUGCGCUAUUCAAUCUGGUUUAUUGGGUUGGUUAUCUUUAUUUAUAA